AAAAAAAAAAGAGCAACGCCAAACCGCCGGCCGUGAUCGGCUUUGUGGAAAGUGGUGCCAAAAGUCGAUUGAUAUAAGCCAUAAGAGACCACCCCAGCGAAAGUGUGUCAAAGAGGAAUCGAAGAGGUGGGAACGACGGACGAAGGUAAAGGCCAGACAAAGAAAGAGGCGCACGAAGAGGCUCGUACCGAGAAAAAAAACGAGCAAGAACGCGCUGAGGCUUGUUGAGCCGGAAACACGAGAAAACGGAAACGGUGGUGGGCCGGGACAGGGCGAGAUCUAAGAUAGAAAGAAAGAAAAAAAAAAAAAAAAAAAAACAACAACAAAUUAGAAUGGGCAACAAGCUGUCCUGCAGUUGUGCGCCUCUAAUCAGAUCAAAGUAUCGCUAUGAGGACAGCCCGUGGCAGGCCGGUGCCAGGGGCGGGAUGGGCGGCAGCGGAGGACGCAGGGGUGACACUGGCCACUUGCUCAGGUGCGGAAGCUUAAGAGAGAGGAAGAGGCUAUGGGCCGAAGUGUUCCAUGUGAACUCGAGCGGAAGUGGGACUUUCAAGUGGCAGCAGGUGUCCGAGGAUCUGGUGCCGGUUAACAUCACCUGUAUCCAGGAUUCGCCGGAAUGCGUCUAUCAUAUCACCGCAUACAACAGCCAGGUCGAUAAGAUUCUAGACGUGCGGUUGGUUCAACCUGGAACGCGUAUCGGCCAAGCGUCGGAGUGCUUUGUUUACUGGAAGGAUACAGUGACAAAUGAGACUUGGGGGUUGAACUUCACAUCUCCCAUAGAUGCGAAACAAUUCAAAGAAUGUUGCUCACCGUCGUUCAAGAUUUCAAGGAAAGCGUCCUCUUCUUACUCGUUGAAGCUCGAGCCAUCGAAUAAGCAGAAGAUCAAAACACGCCGAAAGCCAUUGUCGACACCGGCCUCACCAAGUCGAUCCAGGGAAAGGGAACCUCAGUGCACCUGCAUGACGCCGGAUCAGCUCGCAAGGAUACGUAGCAAUCAAGACCCCAGAUAUCGAAGUCCAUGCGGGCCGUCGACACUUCCGCGGACCAUAGUGAGAUCGACGGAAAUCGAAAUGCCAUCAGGACGAGACAAGAUGACAUCGGCCACAUCCAGCGCGUCACUCUACGACAAUGUCAAUAAUCCUACUAUGACACCUGGGAAAACACCAAAGGCCGGCGACUCGGCCAAACAGAAGGAGAAGCAGAACGAGACAUGCCAGACAACCCCGAAGACUGCCACCGUUGGAUCGCAGGCAAGCAUCGACAGCCCCGAAGAGAAGGGAUCCACGAUAUCGCCGAAGAAAUUGCAAAAGCAGAGCCAGGACUCGUCCACGCAGCAGAACGGCACCGAAAUGCUCAAAUCGGAGGGCACGCAGGCUGGUGGGACUCUGCAGAGCAAAUCGCUGCGCAAGGAGCAGCUGCACCACACCAAAUCGGCCGAUUACACCGAGCUCGAGAUGCAGAACGGCAAUUUGUUCAACAUCGUCAACAACAAUCACGGUAGUCACAAGUCGAAGAGCAAGAGCACGGACGACAUGCGAAUCGAGAACGCGCAGAACGGCGGAAUCAGCGUGGACUCGAACAUGCUGAAGCGCAUGCUGAAGCCGAUGCCGAGCAUCGACAGCCCGGUUACGUCGCCGGAGAUGACGAGGAAACGCCACAGCCAUCACAGCUAUCACUAUCAUCCGAGCAAUAACAAUCAGAAGUACAUGAUGCAGGAGAUCGACAACGAGAAUUACGCGCAUCCCUAUCGCGUCCCCUACAACAACAAAUUUCAAGGAUCCAGGAGCGCUCACGAUAUGAGCCGGCAAUACUCUGGCGGCAGAGGCAGGGCGUACUUAGAUUCGGAAAGUAAUCGGUGCACAGGUGACAUGUCGCCGCCUUCGGACAACGUCAUCUUCGACAACCAGUGCUACGCCACCACGCCGAGCUCGUCGAACGGCAAUUCCGACAUGGAGCAACCGAAUCACUGCAACUCCCGUCGCUGUAACAACGGCCAGUCAUAUCAAAACAUGCAGUCGGUGUCGACGCCAGGCAGUCCGACCAGCCGUCUGCUCCUCGAAUACGAGAUGCAUCUCAGAAACACCCUGGCCAAGGGCAUGGACGCCGAGAGUUACAGCCUGCGCACGUUCGAGGCCUUGCUCACGCAAAGCAUGGAGAACUUGGAAUUUGCGGAAAACAUACCGUUGAACGUUCAGCGUACACCUCACGUUUCACGAAGACGUUCCAGUUCUAACAAGUCUUCAACUCUGCCGUUAUCCUAUCGCUAUUGCAACGAAAGACAAAACAGCAAGGAUCGGGACGGCUAUUACAGCGACCGCAACGAGGUGGCGAGAGAGAAGAGAGAGCGUGACUCCGAGCGCGAUCGAGACCGUGGUUAUCUCAGCGACUACAAUUCUAGAUGUGCCAGUUGCAUCGGCGAGUCCGCACGUGCACAAUGGUUUCGACACUCAGACGGAUGGCAGUCGGGCAGUUCAACUCUUGGUUCCGGUGCUUCGAGUUCGAUAAAUCCAGGAUAUUCGGGACACAAGAGAGACUCGCCCUGGGAUUCUCUUCCCUCUCUGCGACAUGAAGACAGCGGUUACAAAUCUAACCGGACCGAUUCUCUCGAACAAAGAGGUACUUUCGACAGACAGGACAGCGUCAGAUCCGAUUAUAUGUCCGACCGAGAUGGCAGAUACGGAAUCGUUCAACAAGCCUCGUUGGAGAGCACGGACUCGAGACUCUGCUACUUGACGUCUUCUGAGAUGUCGGACGACGAUAGGAUGUCACUCACCACCGCCGUCAGCGACGAUGAUGAUGGCGAGAGCGUCAUAAAUUCGCCCUAUCGUGGAAAGCAGACUGGAACGGCCGCAGCUUCAUUCAAUUGCACCGGUGCAGUUCGGAAAUCAGGAUUUCUCAGUGUGAAGAAAUGGUUAUUGCGCAAGAAGCAUCAGAUCGAACUUGCCAGGAAGAGAGGCUGGAAAGGCUACUGGGUUUGUUUAAAGGGUACUACGCUUCUUUUUUAUCCUUGUGAUUCUCAAGAAAGCAAAGCCACGGAGGCAGCACCUAAACAUCUUAUCAUCGUCGAUGGUGCGAUUAUGCAGCCGAUUCCCGAGCAUCCAAAGAGGGAUUACAUAUUUUGUCUCAGCACCGCGUUCGGGGACGCCUAUCUAUUUCAAGCGCCGUGUCAAGUGGAGUUAGAAAAUUGGGUAAACAGUAUUCAUUCGGCAUGUGCCGCCGCGUUCGCGCGUCAUCGCGGCAAGACCGGUACGUUGCAUCUGUUGCAGGAGGAGAUUUUCCGUUUGGAGAAGGCGAUUGAGUCGGAUCACAAAAUGAAACACAUGGCGGAUCUUCAGCAAUCAGUAGUUUCUGACGUUGACACUAAGCAGCAAAUUAACAAUCAAAUAAUACAGUGGGAAGAGAAUCUGGAGCGAUUACAUUGCGAACAAUUCCGCUUGCGGUGCUAUAUGGCCAGUUUACAAAGUGGCGAACUGCCCAAUCCAAAGAGUCUUCUGACACACGUGUCUCGCGCUACAAAACAGACAUUGAACAAGCUAGGCGUGUUCACGGUGUCGUCUUUUCACGCGUUUAUUUGCGCGCGUAGUCCAUCCUUGCUAAAUAAUUUAUUGGCGGGUCGUGGAGCGACGAAGAGGAGGCCGCCGCUGCUGUCCAGGUCGAACAGCGGUUCAAGCAGACGUUCAUUGCAAAUCUCGUCCAGAGACGAGGAGAAGAGCGUGAAGGUGUCCGUGCCGGAAAAUCAGGUACGAUCAUCAGGACGCCGGCACGUAUCGGUGUUUCUGCGCGACGGUAUGACUGUCGAGGAAUUCCUGGCGAGCGCGUGCACCAGGAAGAACCUAAAUCCGAUGGAGCACUUCGUACGCGUGAAGAAGCGGCGAGAUAUGGAGGACCACAACUACUUUGUGCCACACAGAACUGAUUUGAUAGAAACAUAUUGGCAUACGCACGAAAUCGUGGAAGUUUGCGCUAAGAUUUUAUAUCAAGUGGAAUUACAAAGAAACACUUUAGAGCAAAUGUGGGGUUUCUCCGUCGAGGCGGAGCUUAUAGAAAACUCCGACAGGCAGGACGAGCUGUGCUGCUAUGUUAGUAGAGUGGAAGACAAAAGUGUCGCCAUGCAAAACGGAAUUAUCAAGGGCGAUGAGAUUAUGGUAAUUAACGGCGCCAUCGUGAGCGAUCUUGAUAUGAUGCACUUGGAGAGCCUUCUGCAAGAAGAGUUCGGCCUUUGCAUGAUGAUGCGAUCUUCGAGAACCGAGCCACCGGAUCUCACGGGCAUUAUGCGAGUCACUGAUGACAUAAUCGAGAGCCUGGUCUGUCCGCCGCCUCCCUCCGAUCCACCGGUCAUAAGCGAGGAGAUGAUUUCCGGUUUAAUUGUUCCGGCACCCGGGUGGAGUAAGGAGAAUAUUAUGCAGGAAUGCACGUCGGCUGCUCACAUGGAGAACAGCAAGCAGACCUCGCGGACAAAUUCCUUCGAGAUCGAGAAUCUUUUGAAGACUGCCGAACAGGUGACAGGAAUCUGUCGUUCGCCCGGUGAGACCAGAAAGUCGAGUCCGACCGGAAGUGUCGUUAGUUCUCAUUCGCAGGCUCUCACACCGAGUCGGCAACUUAGCGACGCUGAGAAGCUGAAGAAAGUGAUUUUAGAAUUGAUUGAGACUGAACGAACUUAUGUAAAGAAUUUAAAUAAUUUGCUGGAGAACUAUUUGGAACCCCUUAAACGUGAAACUUUCCUGUCGAAUGCGGAGAUCAACGCGCUGUUCGGUAAUAUUCAGGAGAUCGUCACGUUUCAACGACAGUUCCUGCAGAAUCUCGAUCACGCUAUCGAGAUGGAGGCCGAUUUCAACAACUUUGACCAUCCGAGUCAAUUUAAGGGAGUCCUGUUUUCCAUUGGAAGUGCCUUCUUAUAUUACGUAAAUCACUUCAAGCUGUACAGCUCGUUUUGCGCAAGUCACUCGAAGGCUCAGAAGGUUUUACAUCCAAACGAGGGAAAUCAAGCUUUACAAGAGUUCCUGCAAGCGAGAAAUCCUCGGCAGCAACACUCAUCGACCUUAGAAUCGUACUUGAUAAAACCUAUACAAAGAAUACUCAAGUAUCCGCUGCUGUUGCAGCAGCUUAGAAAUCUCACUGACGAACGGAGCGAGGAACAUCAACAUUUAAUCGAGGCGCUCAAAGGCAUGGAGAAGGUGGCGGAACACAUAAACGAGAUGCAGAGAAUUCACGAAGAAUACGGCGCUAUUUUCGAUCAUCUCUUCAGGCAACACCAAAAAUCUUGCAAACAGCCGAUCGACUUAAGUCCGGGCGAUCUUUUAUAUUACGGCGGCGUCGAGUGGCUCAAUAUUUCCGACUUCCUCGGUAAAAUAAAGAAGGGUCUCGAAUUGCACGCGAUGUGCUUCGUAUUUAAAUCGGCCGUCGUGUUCCUGUGCAAGGAAAGAUUGAGACAGAAAAAGAAACUCAUGGGGGUCUCAACAAAAGCUAACUCCAGCGAGGUGGAAAUCAUUCGUUACCAAGUAUUGAUCCCGGUGACAGAAGUCCAAGUCAGAGCCAGUUCUGCCAAAGACAUGGAAUCCCACUUUUUGUGGGAAUUGAUUCAUCUAAGGAGUCAAUUACAGAGAAGAUCGGAAAAAGUAUACGUGCUCUCUAACAGUACAACGGAAUUCCGAAACGCGUUUUUGAAGACAAUCCGACAGAUUAUUCGGGAGUCGGUAAGAAACAUGAGCAUACCCUCGACGAAACAGAACAUGGGUCACGCACCGAUGUCGAUGGCGCCGCGCAUGUCAACCGGCCAUGUGGAGAAAUUCGACAAGCAGCAAACCGGCCAGGGUCAGAACGGAAAUGGUGCGGUCAUACCGGGCACGCUCUCGAAAAAAGCGAUGAAGCAACAAUUGCUCGCAAGUUCGCACAAACGCAAAUACAGCCAAUCGAAACAGCCGGUGGAGCACGAGAGUUCGGAAGAUAAGGAUCAGGAGGACGCGCCAAUUCAGCAGCAAACCACGUUUCGUUCCAGAAGUAAAACUAUAAGCGACACUUCCGGCGAAGCGAAAGUGGAAAUGGAUUCGGGCACAAAGUCAGAAGGUGAAGAAGAUUCGCAGGCUUUUUUAGGUGAGAAGAAGACGAAUCUCGGCCGCACACCCAAUCAUCUCACGCUGAGUACCACGUCAACCAUCUCGGCGGGAAGCACCGGUAGUCAGGCCAGAUUGAUCCAGUCUUCUCAUCAGCCCGAAAAUUACCAGCCCACUACCGUCAAAGAACUCGGUUCGCCGAUUUGGAAGCCACGAGAGCUACCUUCUUUGGGAGAGGCCACCACAUUACCGCGCAAGGGUAAGUCGGCCGGCGAGUUCGCGGACAUGAGCUCGAGCCACAGCGCCUCCCGAAAGUCUCUAAUAGAAAUCAACAAUUGUGCUCAACAAUCUAACUUUAAUAAUCACGUUUAAGUUGAAUAAUAUCGAGGUUGACUCGCUAACGAGGAAAUAUCGUUAAGAUCCGCCACUAUUCACCACUGUGUCAUCGUUUCAUUGUCAUCAUUAAAAACACAACCAACAAUCAUCGUCAUAUGUAAUGCACAUAAAUAAUUGUUUGAUUAUUGCGAGUAUCACACGACGCGAUAACAAUACGCGAGAGACACACGUCCGCCGCCCACGUGGAAAAAUUCACGCGAAAUACAAAACUGCUACUUUCUCCCUCCGCUCUCUUCCUCGUUUUUUGUCUUCCAGCAGAGGAAUCGCGCGUUUGAUUGCGUGCGCGUUGCGUGUGUGUUGCGUGAGAGAAUAAGUGAGAUUGCUCGACUAAAGCCUCCUCUAUUGUACUCUCUCUAAAGAAUUUAAUCGAACUCAUAUAUGUAUAUAUAUAUAUAUAUAGAUAUAUAUAUAUAUAUAAUAUGUAUAAUUUCUUUUUUAUAUGAAUAUAACAUUAUUACGCUUCUUAAUUAUUAUGUCUCGCGACACAUUCAAUUAAUUAAAAACGAUGUAAUUUUUCACAUUAGGAUAAAUAACUAUUAAUAUAUUUUUUAUGGUUGAGUAAUUUUUUUAUUUUUGAUAAUAAUUUUUGAAGAAACUAGAAAGAGAUGUGAUGCCGAGUGAAUUGCUGGCUUUGAAAGGAUAAAACUUAAUGGCACGUGUGUGUGUAUGAAUAUUUCAACGUUUUUGAAAUUCUCCCGCACCGUUUGCAAAAGACUUUUAUCCAGAGCGAUCGAGAUGAAUGAAUUAGGAAAUAUAAGAGAGUUAAUUUUAAAUUCUCAUUUUUGCAUUACGCAUUUUUCUAACUUUGUUUCUCGUUGUUGCUUUCGAUUCCUUUUUUUCCGCGUGGACGGCGGCGCGAUAGCCGGACAGAUAAACGACUGUAUAUAAUGUAAUGAUAUUAAAUUGUCACUAUAUGAAGUGUUAUACACACACGUCGCGAUCGCGAUCGGGCGCGUAGCGCGCUCGAUACGUUGUUUCUCAUUAUUCUACCGUACAUUAUAUGGUCUUCUCAUCUUUUUAUUGUUAUAUAAAACCGUGAUAUAUGCAUCACACAUCACAUUGAUGAUCGCCAGUUGACGCGAAACCACACACGAUCAAAGAAGAAAAAACACAAAAAACUGAAGAAGAAGCGAUUUUCGUGCGCGUAGUGAGUAAGUUUUAGCGAUUAAAAGAGAAAUCAAUUACAUUAAAAUAAAAUGUCGCAUAUAUAUAUAUAUACACAGAAAAUAUAUGUAUACAUACUAUAUAUAUACGCGGGAUAUUAUAUAGAGUGCGGAAAAUGUGUGAUGGGUUUGUGAAAUUGUAUUGUAACGUCGUCCACGGUUCCCCCCUUAAAAAAAAAAAAAAAAAAAAAAAAAAAAACGUUCCGCCGCGUAUUAACCUGUUUUCAGGGUCGAGCAUCCUCGCCGAUAUAGCAGAUUUUAUUUUUAACGUUACUUAAGAUGUGAAAGAGAAUGAGUGAACAUAAAAGAAAGAGAGAGAGAGAGAAAGAGAGAGAGGUAAAGAAAGAGAGAGAGAAAGAGGGAGUGGUGAGAGGGUGAAAGAAAAAAAGAGGAUGUGUGUAUGAAUGUGUAUGUGAACGAAAAAAAAAAAAAAGAGAGCGAGAGAGAGAAAUGGCCAGAGUGCUCGAGACCGAAGUUGCGAGGUGAGAUGCGCCGGCGUAACGAUGAAAAUGUAUUCAAGGCCCGUGACUUAGGACGGUAAUGUGCCGGGAAAAUAAAACAGAAGAUAAAAGAGAUGGUACGCAACACACUCGACUCUAAUCCGUGUAUAUCGAUUAGAAGCGACGAACAGUAUCGAGAGGGGCAUUGAUGGUAUAAUAGUACCGGCACUGGAAUUAAUUUUCCCGAUAAUCCGGCAUGAUCCGACACACAUGUACUGCGUUGUUAAAUGAGUAUUACGAUAAAUUAAGAAUGGUAUCGAGGGAUUAAUACGUGUAAAUUAGACGACAGAAAGUAUCCACAUAGAAACGUAUACCUAUACAACCAAAAAUAUAUAUAAAUAAAAAAAAAUAUAUAUACACAGAUUAACACACACACACACACAUGACAUGUAACGCAAAAGUGGUGUAAAACUCCGAGAAUGUCUUUCAGAGGAGGAUAUUCGAGGAUUCGAAACGCUCUUUUUGACGAGAAGAGUUUUAUAGAAAUGUUCUAAGAAUAUAUUUUGCGCGAACAUGUCGCAAAAAUAUGUGCUGAGAAUGUUCUAAUCACAUACACACACAUACACACACAAAUACACACAAAAAACACUCAUACACACGCGCGCACAUGUUAAGUUUUGAGAAAUAAUUUUCAAAAUAUUCCGAGACUAUUCCGUGGAUGUUUUGAAAAUGAAGAUGUUUAAAUAUUGCGACAUUCUGAAGAAAAAAUACUUCCUUUUACCUCGCAUCACCACAUACAACAUGUACGCAUACUCGAGAAAAGUGGAUGUCACGCGCGCCAUACGAGCCGAUCACGAGUCGAUCUUCACAUCGAACGAAGACGUUUAAGUAAUUCUAUAGCACGAUACAGUGAAUAGGACAAUAAAAGGGAUAAAAAAAAAAAAAA